CGAAGUACUAAGUAACCAAACAAAAAAUGUCAAUUCAAGCAAAAUUUAUAAAACAAUAAUUUUUAAUUUGGGCAACAAAAGUUCAGGAGAAAAUAAUGAAAAAUUCAAACAGAAAUAUGCAGAAAAAAAUACAAAAAAUUCUAAUGUCAAGCCCAGAUCCCAUUUGAUUUUAUCAAUUUUAAAUGCUUUUAAUGUGGAAUAGAUUUUAUGCGAUUUUUAAUUCAUUUAUUAAAAAGGUAAAAUUAGCAAUGUGGGCUCUUUCAGCAACAUUUGUGAUUUUAAUGCUCAUGGUAAUGGAUAUUGGGUGUGACCAGGAUCGUUUUGUAGGUACCAGAAGAGCCAAGCUUGGACAAUUUCCUGCGAUUGUGGCAAUAGUGAAAAAAACAACGUCGGAAUUAUUUUGCGGUGGAACCUUGAUUAGACCGAAAUUCGUACUUUCUGCCGCACAUUGUUUCGCAGAGCGUAUUAUUUCUGAUGCGAUGGCAGUAAUAGGUGGGGUUAUAAAGUGGAAUUCGACUGCAGCACGGAGAAGGCGAAGAAUCGGAAUAUUAACAAUCAUCAUUCACCCCCACUAUAAUCCAAAGCAUUUAUUCUAUGACUACGCUGUUGCAGAGACGCAAACAUUUUCCUUUUUCCAGCUGGUAGUUCCGACGAAACAGACCAAACAUUUCCAUGCUAUUCAACUUGCAGAGAACAGACCCCCGGAAAACACUUCAUGUCAAAUUGCUGGGUGGGGAGUGUUGGAGGAGGAUUCAACAGAUGUCAGUGAAUAUCUGAUAUAUGCAGAAAUCCCCAUAGUUGGCCACGAUGAAUGUCAAACUGCAAUGCCAGUUAGCAUAUUGAAUGAUUCUACGUUAUGUGCAGGAGCGAUAGAGGGUGGACCGGAUGCAUGUUCGGGCGAUGCAGGCGGUCCCUUGGUUUGUAAUGGAUUACUUGCUGGUGUUAUAUCUUCGGGAAAGGGCUGUGCUAGAAAAGGUUACUUUGGGCAGUAUUCUGACGUAGCUGCUGCUUCAAAAUGGAUAAUUGAAAGUACACAAGAGCAGCGGUCUAAGGCUCCAGCAGUCUACAAAUUCGCAAGAAAGGAACCUCUAAAAGUAUACCAUGCCAUUGCGGCUGUUUUUUUAUUACUGUAGAUUAAGCCUAGGUUUAAAAAUGAUUUUUCUCAAAAUUGGUUUUAUAUACUUUUAUCUAUACUUUUACAAAUAAAUCCUUUUAUAUUCGCUUGA